GUUUCCUCUCCCACUCUCGCAUCGCCUGGCUGGCCCACGUGGGAGGUUCUGGUCUCCGCAGGAGGCCUCUUCCUCUCGGGAGGGAGGUGUGGAAGCUUCCAGAAGCCUUUGCCGCGGCCGAUGGAGGAAGCCAGCGGCGCCGGCGCCGGCGCUGGGGGCGUCGGCUCCUCGUCCGUGUCGAAUAAUUGUUUCCCACAAGAUGAGGGUACAAGCUCCAGCGAGAUGGACAAUACUGAAUGCUCUAAGACAUCCUCAGAGCUGUCUAAUUCUGAAAGAUCUAGGCCUGAAGGUGCCAAAAAAACCUAUCCCAUAUUGGAUAAGAAGAUAUCCAUAAAAAAGAAGCUGAAAUUGUUUAGUCGAAUGGCUACAUUGAAGGAUGAUGGAACCGUAGUUGUUGAUAUCCCCACCAAUCUUGAGGCUGCAUCACUUGAUCUUCCAUCAGAGGAUAACCACAGUGUGGCUUUCGGUGGGGAACCGUUGGACUCAGAUCUGCAGCACAUGCCACCUAUGCAAAUUGUUAUGCUGAUUGUUGGUACGAGAGGAGAUGUGCAGCCAUUCAUAGCUAUAGGAAAACGGUUGCAGGACUAUGGUCAUCGUGUUAGACUAGCAACCCAUGCCAACUUCAAGGAUUUUGUGAUGGCUACUGGACUGGAGUUUUAUCCCCUUGGUGGAGAUCCAAAAGUUCUUGCUGGAUACAUGGUUAAGAAUAAAGGAUUCUUGCCCGCAAAUCCAUCAGAAAUUCCGAUCCAGCGCAAGCAGAUUAGGGACAUCAUAUUCUCCUUGCUUCCUGCUUGCAAGGAUCCAGACAUUGAUACUGGCAUUUCUUUCAGUGCAGAUGCUAUAAUAGCUAAUCCAGCAGCAUAUGGACAUGUACAUGUGGCAGAGGCUCUCAAUAUACCAAUUCACAUAAUUUUCACAAUGCCUUGGACGCCUACCUGUGAAUUUCCACAUCCUUUCUCACGUGUGAAGCAAUCUGCAGGAUAUAGACUCUCAUACCAGAUUGUUGACUCUUUUGUCUGGCUUGGCAUAAGGGAUAUGAUAAAUGAUCUCCGAAAAAGGAAGCUGAAAUUAAGACCAGUUACUUACCUAAGUGGUACACAUGCUUAUUCAAAUGACAUUCCUCAUGCAUAUAUCUGGAGCCCUUACCUUGUCCCCAAACCAAAAGACUGGGGACCUAAAAUUGACGUUGUUGGAUUUUGCUUCCUUGAUCUUGCUUCAAAUUAUGAGCCCCCUGAGCCACUUUUGACGUGGCUUGGCAGCGGUGAAAAGCCUAUUUAUAUCGGUUUUGGUAGCCUUCCGAUUCCAGAACCAGAUAAGUUGACAAAAAUCAUUGUGGAAGCACUAGAAAUUACUGGACAGAGAGGAAUCAUUAAUAAGGGUUGGGGUGGACUUGGAAAUUUGGAAGAAUCAAAGGAUUUUGUAUAUGUACUUGACAACAUUCCACAUGAUUGGCUCUUUUUGCAAUGCAAGGCAGUGGUACACCAUGGUGGUGCAGGAACCACUGCAGCGGGUCUUAAAGCUGCGUGUCCCACUACCAUCAUCCCAUUCUUUGGUGAUCAAUUCUUUUGGGGCAGCAUGGUGCAUGCCAGAGGAUUGGGAGCACCACCUGUACCUGUGGAGCAAUUACAAUUGAAUUCACUGGUUGAUGCAAUCAAAUUUAUGAUUGAUCCAAAGGUAAAAGAACGAGCUGUUGAGCUAGCAAAAGCAAUUGAAUCAGAAGACGGUGUUGAUGGGGCUGUUAGAUCCUUUCUGAAACAUCUUCCACAACAAAGAGAUUCUGAGACGAUGCCAACUGCACAACCAUCAACCUUCAUGCGCCCCUUGCUUCUCCCUGUAAAGAGAUGUUUUGGCAUUGCUUCCUAACUCAGCAUUUUCAUACUUUGAUCCUGUGACAUCACGGCAAAAGCUGUUGCGCCACAUACUAAUGGGGAAGUCGCCAACAUUCUAUUCGUUUGGCUGUGGCUGGUGGCUGGUGCUAAUUUGUUGACUGCCGUUUUUCAACCUUUACUAUUGUAGGGUAUUUCGUUCUUUCAUAUACUGUAAUUAUUUGAUGUACGUAUAGCUUGUGAUUUGUGUGUACAGAGUAUUCUAGUCUAACUUGAGACUUGGCUCCUGAGUCCUGACUGGCUGUUUGUUAUCACCCUUUUUUUCCUCUCUGCUGUAGUAAACCACAGUUAAAUCAAA